UUUACAGGUCACAGAUGGGAAGAUGUUCGUGGUAUCAGAAGACAUAAAAUAGCAAGAAGAAACAAAAGUCAAUUACAUUCAAUUGUCCAUAUUGGAAAAGCUCACAAAGAAAAGAAGAAGCCAAAGCAAAAAUUUGACCAUAGCCCUCAUGAUGUAUUUGUUGAGUUAGAUGAGUUGUUUGUUAAAGAUGAACAUGAGUGGGAAUGGAGAGAGAAGGCUCGUUGGAUUAAGUUUGAAGAAGAUGUUGAAGAGGGUGCUGAUCGUUGGGGCAAACCUCACGUAGCAUCUCUUUCAUUUCAUAGCUUAAUAGAAUUAAGAAAAGGAUUGGAAACAGGCACUGUAUUAUUGGAUUUAGAGUCUGAAGACUUUCCCAAUAUUGUUCACAAUGUAGUUGAAAAUUUGCUUAUUCGUGAUCUCAUAGAUGAAGAUGUGAAAGGGAAAAUCUUGCGGACUUUACUUCUUAAACAUAAACAUCAGAAUGAGAAACUUGGAUUGCUUCGUUCAAUUUCAACUAGUAGCUUUAAUGGUGGUCUAGGUUCAUCAUCAGGGGGUCUACACAGAUCCAAAGAAGAUGAGAAAAAAUUCUUCAAAAAUGAAAAGGUUAACUUGGAAAUGGUGAAAGUUGAUAUGGAUAAUAAUACGACGGAUUCAUCAAACAUCCAUAUUGGAUUAACACCACAAGAUCCAAAGAAGAAUGUUCAGGAGAUCAUGAAAAGGAUUCCAGUAGGUUCAGAAGCUAGUACUGUCUUAGUUGGUACUGUAGAUUUCCUCAGUAAACCUGUGAUGGCAUUUGUACGUCUUUCAGAAGGAAGACAGUUAGAAAAUGUCACUGAAGUACCUCUUCCUGUUCGUUUUGUAUUUAUUUUACUAGGACCUGAAAAAGGUGGUAUGGAUUAUCACGAAGUGGGUCGUUCUUUAUCCACCUUGAUGACAAAUCAGUUUUUUCAUGACGUAGCAUAUCGUGCAGAAUCUCGUGAAGCUUUAUUACAAGCAAUAAAUGGUUUCCUUGACGAUACCAUAGUGCUGCCCCCUGGUGAUUGGGAUCAGAAAACUUUACUGCCAAUUAUGGAUAUGGCAAGGAAACGUGCAAAUUUACGACGACGGAAAAAGCAAAAGCAAGAAGAACAUCAAGAAUUAUUAGAAAAAGAAAAGAAGGACAAGGUUCCAUUGGACCCUCUACAGAGAACAGGGUGUUUAUUUGGUGGUUUAAUUAACGAUAUUAAAAGACGUUAUCCACAUUAUAUCAGUGAUUUUAAAGAUGCCCUCAAUGGAACCUGUCUUGCUUCAUUUAUUUUUAUUUUCUUUGCCUGUUUGUCACCAUGUAUAGCUUUUGGUGGUUUGUUAAGUGAGAAGACCAAAGGGUUAAUGGGUGUAAGUGAAACUGUAUUGAGUACUAGUUUAUGUGGUAUAGUGAUGGGUCUAUUCUCUGGACAACCAUUGUUAAUAGUUGGUGCUACUGGUCCUGUUUUAGUAUUUGAACAGUCUCUAUAUAAGUUCUGUGAGUCUAAUGGGAUAGAGUUUCUGUCAUUUCGAUUGUGGAUAGGAUUCUGGGUAUUUGUUAUUUCUGUCUUAACAGUUGCAGCAGAAGGCAGUUUUCUCAUUCGAUAUGUAACCAGGUUUACAGAAGAGAUUUUUGCUAUUCUGAUCUCUUUAAUUUUCAUAUAUGAAGUUCUUAAAAAAUUAAAUAAGGUUAGUCAAUUAUACCUCUCAGGGUAUCUAGGGUUCUCAGGGUUGCUAGGCAGUCUGGUGAUUACAGGCUAUAAUAUAUCAGACCCUUUUGACAUGUAUUAUAAUGUGAAUGGUAGUGAUGCUAUACAUGGUGAUACAGAGAAAGUAAAAAAUAAACCCAAUACAGCCCUUAUGUCUACUAUUUUGUGUAUUGGUACCUUUCUGGUUGCCUGGUUUCUCAAGAUUUGUAGAAACAGCAAAUUUUUGGGACGAAGUGUUCGAAGAGCUUUAGGUGAUUUUGGUAUAUUAUUAGCUAUUUUAUCUAUGGCUGUAUUGGAUUAUCUGGUUAGAGAUGAUGUUUAUACUCAGAAAUUAAAAAUAGGUAGUCCAUUUGUACCUACUCUUCCACAUAAAAGAGGCUGGUUAAUCAAUCCAAUGAGUCCAAAGGUGAUGCAAAAAGUCUGGAUAAUUCCUGCUGCUAUAAUUCCUGCAUUCCUUAUAUUUAUUUUGUUAUUUAUGGAAAUUCAACUGACAGAAGUUAUUUUAAAUAAAAAAGAUCGAAAACUGAAGAAGGGAUCAGGAUUUCAUUUGGAUCAGUUUUUAAUGGGAUUUUUAACAUUUGUGUGUGGUUGUUUGGGAUUACCAUGGAUGUGUGCAGCAACAGUACGAACUAUAGCCCAUGUGUCAUCAUUAAGUGUCAUGAGUCGUACCCACGCUCCUGGUGAAAAACCUAAAUUAGUUGAAGUUAAAGAACAACGAUUAACUAAUGUCAUGGUGAGCCUAAUGAUAGGUGUAUCACUGACACUUGGUGUGGUAUUAAAGAAUAUACCUACAAUGGUAUUAUUUGGUGUAUUUUUAUAUCUGGGUAUUGUAUCACUAGGAAGUGUACAAAUGUUUAAACGUAUUAAAUUAUUAUUAAUGCCAGUAAAAUAUCAUCCCUCUGUUGGUUAUGUCAGACGGGUACAAACAUUUAAGAUGAAUUUAUUUACUAUCAUCCAGAUAUUUAGUUUAGUGAUAUUAUGGAUAGUGAAGUCUACAGCAGCAGCUAUUGCCUUUCCAUUCUUUCUCAUCUUACUUAUACCUGUCAGAAAUAAAAUUAUGCCAAAACUUUUUACCCAUAAAGAAUUUGAAGAGGUAAGACAUAUGAUCUCUCCAUUUGAUAUGUUGGCAGCAUUUGAUUGCUGA